AUUCAGGUGACGGUGUCCACCUCAACUCCCGGGCAGCAGGCUGGUGUUUUUGAUCAACAAGGAGGUCAACAGCAUACCUUUGCACAAGCCCCGGAUCAUCCCGCAAUCGUUGAAGUAGAAAUAGCGUCGCCGGCCACAAGUCCGCGGCGAGGAGCAGAGGAGGACGCCGAUGGUGCGACUCCGCAGAUCGAAGUGCGCAUUUUGGAUCACCAAGGGCAGCCGGAAACAGUUGACAUUGAACCCGGGGAAGACUUGGAUGUUCUGAUCGGGCAGGCGACAGGGAAGGCCGCUGAUGUCAAGGUUAAAACGACGACUGCAUCGACGCAGCCUGUGCUAGCUCUAGUUUCAUCUGCGAAGGAGGAAGGCACUGCUGUUGCGCCGGUGACGAAACCUGUCGCGAUUGAAAUUUUUGCAGCCUCUCCUAGAACCGCUAGGGAGAAAGAAGCUAAGGCUGCGCAAGAUGAUGAAGGUGCAGGUGAGGAUUUGGAUGAAAUUUUGGAAAAAGCAGGGACUUCAACUGCUGCGACUCUCGGUGAUCAGAGGAGACAAGAGAAACCAGGUACUGAGACCACAAGUAUCAUCAAAACUGCCGUUGUGCCUCCUAUUUCUGUUGCACAGGCAAAGGCUGCCGCUCGUCUUGCGCCUGUACCUGAAACCGUCGAAGAGGAAGAGGAGGAAGAGGAAGAACUAGGUAUCGACCUGGACGAGCUCGCUGCCAGCGUCCAAUCCACCUUCAGCGUCACCAUUGCAGCGGGAACCGAACCGGGGCAGACCAGCAGUACGAAGAUCGUGAAGACAAAGAGGGAGAAGAAGGCAGCUGCGGAGUCCGAUGCGUCUUCACGCCGCGGUACAACUCCUGGUGUACUCGUGAAAGUCGUGGGUGUUUCGUCAGUGAAGAUUAGCCCGCGGGGCGCUCCACCUCCUGCGUCGGUUAGUGCUGCAGUAGCUGAUUCGAUGACGAAUAAAUCGGCGAGAGCUCCUAAAGCGCUUGCACCUGCCGGAGCUGCUGCACAGGGAUCGAAGGCAACUACCACAAUUGCUACGGCGCAAAAAGAAGCUUCUAAGACGAAGACGGCGGCUUUUCCAUUUCGGUACAAGCCACCGAUUACAGCUCCUGGUACUGGUACAAGGGGUCCGCGGCUGGGGCGGAGGAGAAAUAAGGUUGGAGAAAAUACGGCCGGACCUAGUUCGGCAGGAGGAGCAUCAACUGCGAGUGUUGCAGGAGUGAGUUCCGGAGCAGGCGUUGAACAAAAAAAAUCCACCGGUGGUGAGGCUGCGACAGAUCGCGAAGAAAAAACACUGAAUGCAGCAGGGACCACGACCAAAACAAGCAGUGCCAGCUCGGCCGCUAAGAUGAAGGCCGGCAAAGAAGAGGCUAAGCCCGCUGGUGAAAAGAAGACAAUUCGAUUUGAGGAGCCUCCAGCAGUUGCUGGUGUCACGGAGGUGGAAAAGGCUGCGAGACUGACACAAAAGCGGAAAGAAGCUACCAUUGACCAAGAUAGUGGCAUGAAGCCGGCUGCACCUGCACCAAGAAAACUUCACGAUUUGCUGGCAAAGACGAAGGCGGUGGAUAAUGCUGCGAAAGAGAAUUCGUUGAAAGCUAAGCCCCCAAAAGCGAAACCAGUGCCUGUUUCCCUGGAGAUUGAGGAAGAAGAAGUUUCUGGCCCAAGAGAAGAAAAGUUUCUGUGGGACGAGCACAUCGUCGAUGACGACGAGUUGGAGGACCAGGAGCUCCGACAUGAUCACACUCCUGCCGAUCGGCGUGCACCGUCCAAACAACAGGAUGCGGCUGCUGAGGUUGACGCGACCCCACAAAUGAUCGAUCAUGAUAAUCUCACUCCGCGUACCAGACAGCGCGAAAGCUUCCUCGAGCAUUUCAGUGUGAUGUUUCACUUCUCCAAACCAGGCAACACCGAGACAGGGUCCUCGCGGCAGGAGUCGCUCAAGGAAAGGCGCAACCGGGAAAUUGAGCUCGAAGAUUUGCUUGAGGCCCAGCAUUUUCUGAUGCACGAGUGCGACAAAAUGAGCGACUUCUUGCUGUUGAAUCUGCUGCAACUCAACCUCUCCAUUUCGCAGCUCGCGGAACUUUGGAAAGCGGUGCAAUUCUGGGAGUCUUUCCACGUAGACGAGGUGAUUCGCGGGUUAGUCUUGCUGGUUCUUGCAGAGAUGCUUGGAGGUGGGACCAGUGGAAGUGCGGCGGCAACGAGUACUGCUGGAAAUAAAGUUCUGCAGAACAGCUUGGAUCUGCACAACAGUAAAAGUUUGACUGUUGUGAAGGACUUCGAUGACAUCUUUAUGAAAGCUGGGGAGAAGCGGAAGCAGGUCGUGUUUGACAUGGUGGGCCACUUUCAGCGCGUCGUGGCGGACGAUCAUCACUUGAAACUCGAGGGAUUGGAAGCGGAGCACGGAAACCACGACGAGGUUCUUGAGUUCGAAACCGAAAAUGCCGACGCAGCGAGCCAGCAGCACCAUUUGGCGUUGGUGCAGAAAGACCACGACAAAAUGGAGUUUUUGACCGGCGGCGCGACGGGUAAAGGACUGAAGACUUCUGGAGGCAAAAGGAACAACUCUCCACCGAGCCACACUGUCGCAGCGGGACAGCAAGAAGUUUUUACCGCUCCGAGUAAUUUCUACCUUUCCGGUCAAAGUCUGUGGUUCGGUAGCCGUGCAGGGAUCUUUCCGAAGCAUUUGCAAAAGAUGCUGAUGGAAGCAAGAGGUGCCGAAUUAUCGGCGCAGAAGCAGAGAAUAAAGGCGCUGUCCGCGGAGGAUGAUCCUGCGGUGGCUAUUGAGCGCGAAAGGCGGCGCAACCAGACAAGAAGUCAGAACGCACUAGUCCCAGUCUACCGGCACGAGGAAGACGAGGAAGGAGCACUUGCUUCCAUGAUGGCUGCAUCUCCGCAUCACAACUUGCAGGUCAUGAGCCUACAACCAACGAGCCCGCAUCUGUAUCAACCAACCACUACCUCUCCCUCGCUCUACGUCCCGCGGAAUCUAACCACGGGCACAGAGAUUUUGGCAGCCUUAGCCGAUUCAGAAAAAAAGUGGCGACGCUACGAGAGACAGAAACCGCACUUGUUCGAUGUAGACGAUGACUUCACGAGCAACAAAGCCUUGGAAGCGGAAAGGCAGGAGGAAGUCGACAAUGCGGAGACGGACGCCUGGCUUCGCCAAUUGGAAAACACCCCACCGGCGAUCGACGACGUGGCGAGGGAGUUGCAAAAUUCUAACUCCCCCCCAGGUCGUUUUCGGAAUCGCACCAGGCCACAGAAGAGUGGACAUCACCAACACAAGUCUCAUUCGGGGCACCAUCACAGCCACGAAUCGCAUCACCAUAGACCACUGCAAGAGCACGGACAUCAUCACCAUCGUCAUCAUGAUCAAAUAAAAGAACAGCACAGUGAGACGCAUCACGGCAGCACUUCUCACACUGACCAUCACGAGCACACAGGGCCGGAUUCAAGCGGAGCAACCCCACCUGCCGGCGUUCCAUCACAUUCUGAAGAGAAAAAGCUGGAUAAGGCACUGGAAUUCCUUGACCGCAAAGACCUGAGUCUGCGGGCCCUGUUCUCACAGAAGUGGCGCAAGCUGGAGAUUCUGAAGCACAAGGCGGACACGGCGAGACUGAGUCCGGGGUUGCAGUUCGAAAUCAGUCCGGACCGCCACAUUCGUGGGUCGCUGAACCCCAAUGCUGUGGAGGUUAUUACCGCGCCGAGAAAGCACAUCGUCGCGCCGCAUCUGAAGCCGAUGGGUUUGGGUGGCAAAAGUGGUAGGGCGGAUGAGGGAGAUGCGGGUGAGAUAAAAAAUCACUACGCGCAUGCCAAGCGAGAGGUUCUCGGACGGAAUGCCGCGCUCAUGGCAGAGGUGUCCAACAUGCGCAAAGCUGAGCGGGACAGAAAAGGAGCGUCCGGAGCUUCAGCUGAGAGCAACGAAGUGCAGCCGGGGCGGAAAGUGAAGAAAGACGUUGUCGCGCGAUCGGGAAACGAAAAGAAUAGCGCUGAGCAUUCCGCACCGUUGCCGCACCGUGGAGAGCAUCAUGAAAACAAGCAAACAGAAAAAGAGGCCGCCUCGAAAGGGAUGAUGAAGGAGCCGAAUCACCAAAAAGCGGAAAAGCCAAAAGGUGAUAACGAGGACCACGAGCUGCGAGCUCAUCCGCUGUAUCGCAGGUACAAAGAAGCCGCCGACCGGGGAAACGCGAAACUUGCAGCCGCGUAUCUGAAAAGAGUAGAAAAAGACGUGGAGCUGAGCAGGAAAAAAUAAAGAAGCACGCUAAUCGUUUACUGUCGUGACACUACACUGGA